UUCUUCUGUAAGUUCACCUCUAAUAAGUAAUUGCGUGUGUGAGAUGGACUACGCACCGUGAAAGGAAAUGCAAACCUAAUUUGUAGCUGUCUACAAUAAUCAAGUUAUAUAUAUAUAUUAUCAAAACAAUAAAUUGCUGGCCAUAAUAUGGAAGGCUCAGACUUUGUGGAUCCAGCCUUUUCUUCAGGAGAACGAAUAUCGGCAUCUGAUCUCAAUUCGGAGCAUAUUAUUCAGGCCGAGAAUCACAGUUUUGCUAAUCGAAUUUCUAUGGAUAUGGAUGUCCCUGAUGGGCACCAGCUGGACAGCAACUUAACCGGAUUUCGAUGGAAGCGAGUUCUUAACCCAACCGGACCGCAGCCCCGCCCGAGACAUGGACACCGUGCGAUAAACAUCAAAGAGCUAAUGGUCGUCUUCGGCGGCGGAAACGAAGGAAUUGUUGACGAGUUGCACGUUUAUAAUACUGUUACUAAUCAGUGGUACGUCCCAGUGCUAAAAGGUGAUGUACCGAACGGAUGCGCUGCUUAUGGAUUUGUUGUGGAGGGUACUCGCAUGUUUGUUUUUGGGGGAAUGAUCGAAUACGGAAAAUAUUCAAACGAGCUCUAUGAGCUACAGGCAACUAAAUGGGAAUGGAGAAAAAUGUAUCCAGAGUCACCAGACAGUGGGUUGUCACCGUGUCCUCGCUUGGGUCACAGCUUUACAAUGGUUGGUGAAAAAAUAUUUCUUUUCGGCGGACUAGCAAAUGAAUCGGACGACCCAAAAAAUAAUAUUCCAAAAUACUUAAACGACUUGUACAUACUGGAUACUCGAGGAGUUCACAGUCAUAACGGAAAGUGGAUAGUACCUAAAACAUAUGGGGAUAGCCCGCCACCACGAGAGUCGCACACAGGCAUAUCGUUUGCUACUAAAAGCAACGGAAAUUUAAAUCUUUUGAUUUAUGGUGGAAUGAGCGGCUGCCGCUUGGGAGAUUUAUGGUUGCUAGAAACAGACUCCAUGACUUGGUCGAAGCCGAAAACUUCAGGGGAGGCGCCGCUACCACGCUCGUUGCACAGUUCUACAAUGAUUGGCAACAAAAUGUAUGUCUUUGGUGGCUGGGUUCCCUUAGUGAUCAAUGAUUCUAAAUCGACAACAGAGCGUGAAUGGAAAUGUACAAACACUCUUGCUGUCCUUGACCUUGAAACAAUGACAUGGGAAAAUGUCACAUUGGACACUGUAGAGGAAAAUGUUCCACGUGCCCGUGCUGGCCACUGUGCAGUUGGUAUUCAAAGUCGUCUUUAUGUGUGGUCAGGUCGUGAUGGUUACCGCAAAGCAUGGAACAACCAGGUUUGCUGCAAAGACCUGUGGUACUUAGAGGUCUCCAAGCCCCUGUAUGCAGUAAAAGUUGCGCUAGUUCGCGCUUCUACUCACGCCUUGGAGCUCUCGUGGACUGCGACCACUUUUGCAGCAGCCUACGUUUUGCAAAUCCAAAAAAUUGAGCAGCCAUUAAAUACAAGCUCGAAACUGUUAAGCAACAACAUUGUUCAACAAGGAACCCCGACAUCUGCUGAAACUUCUGGAAUUAAUAUUUCAGCAAAUAGAUCUGGGAGUGCUUUGGGUCUUGGUGUCGAAGCCACAUCUACAGUCUUAAAACUAGAAAAGGAAUCUUUGCAACUGAGUGGAUGUCAACCGGAAACAAAUGUUCAACCAUCUGUAAAUGACUUGUUGCAAUCAAUGUCGCAACCUUCUUCCCCAGCGUCCCGUGCUGAUAAAGACCCACUUUCGUCAGGGGGUGGAACUACCUUUAACUUAUCAACAUCGGUCGCUUCAGUGCAUCCUCAAAUAUCUGUAAUCAGUAGUACAGCCGCAGUAACGGGCAACGACACAGCGUCCCCAAGUGGCGCCAUUAAUAGUAUAUUGCAAAAGUUUCGACCAGUUGUUACCGCUGUAAGAACGUCCACAACUACUGCGGUAUCUAUUGCUACCAGCACGUCUGAUCCCUUGUCUGUGCGAGUACCAAGUACGAUGUCGGCAAACGUUGUUCUCAGCUCUUCAAGUAGUACAUUGCGUAUUGUCCCAAGCGUAACUGCAUCGCAUUCACUACGUAUAGCUUCUUCUCAAGCAAGUGGCAACAACUGCCGGAGUAGCUCUGCAAUAAAUAUAUUAAAAACAGCUCUUCCAAACGUCGCCGUGCAAUCUCAGCCUACAUCAUCGACCACCACCUCCAUUGGUGGAAAACAGUACUUCAUUCAAAAGCCACUUACACUUGCUCCAAAUGUUCAGCUCCAAUUUGUUAAGACCAGUGGUGGGAUGACUGUUCAAACUCUUCCAAAAGUAAACUUUACGGCUUCAAAAGGAACGCCCCCACAUGGCAUAUCAAUUGCAAACCCACAUUUGGCGUCUGGUAUUACUCAAAUUCAGGGAUCGACAGUGCCUGGAAGUCAGAUUCAAAAGCCCAUUGUGUCCGGAAACGUUUUAAAGCUUGUAUCGCCGCAUACGAUGGCCGGUGGAAAAUUGAUUAUGAAGAAUUCAAACAUCUUACAGAUGGGCAAGGUAACUCCGAACGUAAUGGGUGGAAAACCAGCUUUUGUCAUAACUAAUAAACAGGGUACGCCAUUGGGAAAUCAGCAGAUUAUUAUUGUAACCACUGGUGGCAAUGUGCGAUCUGUUCCAACUAGCACAGUUAUGACAAGUGCUGGUGGCUCUGCAUCAGGGACAAAUAUUGUAAGUAUAGUUAACUCAACGUCGACCACGCCUAGCCCGCUGCAGGCAUUAAGUGGACAAAAAACUUUAAUAUCCAACCAAAGUGGAGUUAAGAUGCUGCGAAAUAUAUCAUCAGUACAAGCAUCAUCUUCAAUGGCAUUUGGGCAAAAACAAAGUGGCACUCCCAUUCAUCAAAAAACGGCAUUGUAUAUAGGAGGCAAAGCUGUUACCGUUAUGAGCACCAAUACAAGUAUGGCUGCAUCCGGAAAUAAAGUUAUGGUACUACCAGGAACAAGCUCAAAUAAUUCUCCUGCUACUACAACGGCGCUGAGUGCCAGAAAAAGUUUUGUUUUCAAUGCCGGAGGUAGCCCUCGGACCGUCACUUUAGCAACUAAAAGCAUUAAUGCAAAAUCUAUACCACAAUCGCAACCAGUGACGGAAACUAAUAACCAUUCAGUCGCUACUAUUAAAGACACAGAUCCAAUGGAUGAUAUUAUAGAGCAGUUGGAUGGAGCCGGAGAUCUGCUAAAGCUUUCUGAAAGUGAAGGCCAGCAUGGAUCGGAGGAGAAUGAAAAUAAUGGUGAAAACGCAACGUCUUCAUCUGCCUCUGCCCUGUUUACCGGAGGUGAUACGGCCGGGCCAUCGAGAGCCCAAAACCCUAUAGUAAUGGAACAUCCGGUUGAUAUUAUAGAAGAUGUCUCUGGCGUGAGCAGCACAACUGACGUUAACGAAACUGCAAUCGUAAGUGGUGAUACAAUAGAAUCGCUUAAGAUGUCGGAGAAGGAAAACGAUGAUGUGAAAUCUAUGGGUGAAAAAUCAAUAUUAUCCGAUGAUUGUCAUCAGCCGACGACUUCCGAGACGGAAGCGGCCACCAUCCUAACCACAAUUAAGUCUGCAGAGGCUUUAGUGUUGGAAACUGCAGAAAUAAGGAAAGAUCAUACCGGAUGUACUAUAGGUAGUUUGAAAGAAAAUCAAGAUGAAAAUAAAAAGUUUAAACAACGGCAAGAAUCUUCACCGUCUCAAAACAUUCACCAAUUCCAAAAUGUGGAUGGUUCACAAUUAGAGGCUCUUGCUUCUGCUGCGUUACUGCAAGCUGCAACAUCAGACACCACAGCAUUGGCGUUGAAAGAAUUGAUAGAGCGACCGGAAAGUGAAACAAAUACCAGAAGUAGCAACAUUGCUGAGAUUCAACAAAAUAAUGUUCAAUCCACCUUAGCGGUCGUGGUUCCAAACACCUCCCAAAACGAGAACCAAAAAUGGCACACAGUAGGUGUGUUUAAGGAUCUUUCUCACACAGUGACUAGCUACAUUGAUUCGAAUUGUAUUAGUGAUUCUUUUUUUGACGGUAUAGAUGUGGAUAAUCUUCCAGAUUUCAGCAAGUUUCCACGCACCAAUUUGGAGCCUGGAACGGCUUACCGUUUUCGACUGAGUGCUAUCAAUUCUUGCGGACGAGGAGAAUGGGGAGAGAUAUCAAGUUUUAAAACCUGUUUACCAGGCUUUCCGGGUGCCCCCUCAGCUAUUAAAAUUUCCAAGGAUGUCAAGGAGGGCGCUCACUUAACAUGGGAACCACCACCAGCUCAAAAAACUAAGGAGAUAAUUGAAUAUUCAGUAUACCUUGCAGUUAAGCCUACUGCCAAGGAUAAGGCGUUGUCCACUCCACAAUUAGCUUUUGUGCGGGUUUAUGUAGGUGCGGCAAAUCAAUGCACAGUGCCGAAUGCUUCACUAUCUAAUGCACAUGUGGAUUGCUCAAAUAAACCAGCAAUUAUAUUCCGAAUCGCUGCUCGCAAUCAAAAGGGCUAUGGACCUGCCACCCAAGUUAGAUGGCUGCAGGAUCCCGCGGCAGCGAAACAGCACACACCCACAGUUACGCCAAAUCUAAAACGUGGACCAGAAAAAUCAACUAUUGGAAGCAGCAACAUAGCAAACACCUUCUGUUCACCACACAAGCGUGGACGCAACGGAUUGCAUGAUUGACAUACCGAUUAGUAGCAUAAUCACUCAUAUAUAGGCAUAUAAAUUAUGGGUUAAAUGUAAAGUAUGCUAUUAGCUUUUCCGUUUUUACAGCUUCCAAUAGACUUUACGCUGAAUUCAAAAUGAUUACAACGAAACUUGAAUAUUAUUGCUAUUAAUGCAGUUUUCUAAGAGACUGCUAAUUGUGUAUGAUGCAUGUAACAUUAAUCCAGUUUGGUUUGCUUUAAUGACGAAAAUAAUAAAUUGACGUCGACAAUUUUAAGUAAACAUAAUAACAUAACAAACAUAAUAAUAUAUAAUAUUUUCCUUAUCAUGAACUCUACAACACUCUAGUGUAUAUGUAUGCUAAUCUUCGGUAAAAUAAAAGUUAAUUUAAAAAAUGUAAAAUUAUUUACAAUAAUAAUACUUUUGAAAUAAAAAUAAAAGAGAACCUUGAGAUACAUACGUUCGGACGGGCACUGUUUAACGACUCGACUGAUUCAGAUCAAGUAUAUAUUUGCAAUUUGUGUGCCUUCCUUCCACAUUACAUAUUUUUAAUAGACUCAUCUUCUACUCUAGAAAUAACGGUUGUAAUAAUGGCUAACACCCACCCCAAAAUGAAAUUGAGCAACUACUAUUUUCCAAUUAUCAUAUGGAAUAUCAUAUUCUUUAGCCAUCCAUUAAUAUAAUAUUUAUAUUUUUCUCCUAAUCUCCAACGGUUUGCUUAUUUUAGAUAAAAUGAAAUUACGUCUAUGUUUUGGAUGCACAUUAUUUGGUUACCUGUUACCUGAUGUGAUUUUCAAUUUAACUAAGAAAAUAUAAUAUCUAAAAUUUCUUAUUGAAAUUUCUUUUCUACGACAUACAUACGAGUAAAAUACGAGUACAAUAAUACAAGUGUCUAGCUUCAGGUGUUCAGAAGUUAUUGGCGUCUGAAAUUCAGGUAUUGAUAGUUUUCGCUCAAAACUACCGGGUUUUUCAAAAAGUCGUAGAACAAAGGGUUCUAAUAUCAAGUUUUUAAGGUAGAAAAAUGAUUAUGAUUUUUAAAUAUCGUUUUCUUGCAGAUAGGUUAGAUAGUUAGAUAGGUUAGUUUUAAGGUUUAAGGUUAGUUUUAGUUUUAAAAUUUUUUACACAAUUACUUUGUAAUUGAUUUUACACGCCAUCAGACUUAAUAUUAAAAUCUUUACUGUUAUAAUUUCCCUGACUUAUCUCCAGAACCUUAUAACUUUUAUAGAGUUUGUUUAAAUUGUUUAUAUUGAGUAAGUGUAUAAGUGCAUAUUAUUGAUCAGGAUCAACAGCCGAGCCGAUCUGGCCCUGUCCGUCCGUAUAAAACUAUAAAAGGUGAAGGUUGAGAUUAAGCAUACAGAUUCUUAUGACAUAGACGCAGCGCAAGUUUGUUGACCCAUGUUGUCUCGCCCAUUCUAACGCCCACAAGCCGCCCAAAACUGACACGCCCACAUUUUCGCAAAAUGUUUAGAUUUUUCUUCGUUUUAUUGUUUGUCUUGCCAAUUUAUAUCGGUAUACCAAAAACACGCCCCUUACAAAACGGUCACGCCCACACUUUUGAAAAAUUUUCAAAUGUUUCCCGUUUAAUUCCCCAAUAUCUAUCGAUAUCCCAAAAAAAUUAUGAAAUUUCGCGUUUCCAUUUCCACCUGCUGUGUAACGGGUAUCUGAUAGUCGGAAUCUCGCCAGUGUCAUAUCAAAGACACUAGAAUAACAAGAUGCGUAACGCCCAUACACACUGGUUUGGCACUAUGCAGCCACUUUUUUGCUGACGGCCAAAAUUUCUCUCUUUCCGCUCCCAAAAGAAGAUAUUACAUUGAGAAAUAAAUAUUUCAUAAAAAUAAUACGUAGUAGAAAAUAAAAAUUUAUAAAAUAAAUAAAACUAUGAAAACUUUACUGUAAAAGUCAUAUCUUGAGGCACGAAGUGCGGACACAAGCACUCAACAAUCAUUGCCUUAUGAAUUUUUCACACGUCGAAAGCUGAAUACUCUAAUGAAUAUAAUAAUAAUAUAAAGUCAUUUUUGAAAUUUAUUUUGUGAUAUGAUUCGGCUAUUACUAUUUCUAAGCUAUAUUUAAAUAAUAAUAACAUUAAGGCAAUGCUAAUCAAGAAUUUUUCGCAUGGUGCCAAUUGAUCAAAAAUAAUAUAUAUUUAAAGUCUAAGAACUAAGGUGAAGGGCAUAUUUUGUUAAAUUUACAAUGCAUGAGCAUACGUGUGCACUCAUACAGUUGUCUGUAUGUAUACAGUACCACUGUAUGCGUAGAAAAGAGCUGUUCGCUGUAGCGCUCCCCGCUCUCUCGCUCUCGAACACCUCUAGAGCCACCGCGAAAAAAUCGUGUGCCAAAAAAUCGUAUAGCGUUACGCCAUUCUAGUGCCUUUGGUCAUAUCUCUAUGUGACGGACAUCAGUUUCAUUCAUUUUUUACAAGAAUGAAACUAUAAUAAAAAAUUAUAUUGUCUUAGCUGUAAAAUUCUUAGUGAAAGAAAACGGAUCCUUGUACAAUAAUAAUAUCCUUGUACAAUUUAUUAUAAUUGAUAAAUUUGAAUAUAACUUGCCUGCUGAUACCUACCGAUAUGCCUAAAAUAUUAAACUGAUAUUCCAAAACCUGAAAACUAAAAAUUUGCAUUAUUUUUUCGAACCCUCGCUUGAAAUAUGCAAAAUUCUUGUUUAUAAUUUUAAGAUCUACAUAACAUGAAAUUCCAUGUGAAAUCCCAUUGUCAAUCAAAUGACAACGUUACUAAUAUUAUCUAAAGAACUAGUGUUACUGAAAAAUUAAUGUGUACACCCCUAUUAUGUUGACUUUUCCAGUCAAACCACUAACCGUAAAGCGACUAACAGGAAAAGUGCAUGAUAUUUUCAAUUUGAAAAUUGAAUAAAGAAACAGGUAAACAGCCAUUGCCGAUGUCUUUUAAGAUACUUUUGUUUGACAACAUAAAUAAACCGAUCCCAUUUCGUUAUUUCAUAUAAUUCAUAUUUAAUCACAAUUAUAAAUAGUAUUCUACCGAAUGAUAUGACUAUCACAUACCCGUUAAUAACAUUAAGAGUGCAAGAGAGGUGAAGAAAAUGAUCCCGGAUCUCGAUCAUAUGGACAGAUGGAUGGACAAAACGAAAAGACUAGUAAUGUUGAUCAAGAAUAUACCUUGGAAACGCUUCCUUGUAAUUGUUGCACAUUUUAUAACCGAGUACGUU